UUUUUUCUGGCAAUGACUCCGCUGUUUGCUUCUUGUUUCGCUUAUCAACCACAAAGAAUGGCGGACGAGAAAGAUUCAUCUUGUACACCGGUUUACUAUGUGGGUGAAACGGAGAGGACAAGACAUCAUAGUGAACCUAUGUUAGACACCACAACAUGUCCUCCACCCGCUCCUGCCGAAGAUCACAGUACCUUUGAUAUUGUUAAAGCAACUCAGUUUGGUGUGUUUGAAAGAUGUAGGGAAAUUGUUGAGUCAGGGUAUGAUGUGAACAGACCCGAUUCAGAAAAUGUUACAUUGUUGCAUUGGGCAGCUAUCAAUAACAGGCAAGAAAUUGUAAAGUAUUACCUUUCUAAAGGUGCCCAUGUGGACACUAUAGGAGGAGAGCUGCAUUCCACACCCUUGCACUGGGCAACCAGGCAAGGACAUUUAGCAAUGGUUGUCCUGUUAAUGCAUCAUGGAGCUGAUCCAUCCAUUACGGAUGGAGAAGGUUGCCAGUGUAUUCAUCUGGCUGCUCAAUUUGGACACACUGCUAUAGUUGCUUAUUUAGUUGCAAAAGGACAAAAUGUCAAUGCUACUGACAGAAAUGGAAUGACCCCUCUCAUGUGGUCAUGUUAUCGAAUAUCAACGAAUGAUCCUACAAGAUUACUGAUGACUCUUGGUGCUAGUCUGACUAUGAUUGAUCUUCAUCACAAAAAUACACCCCUACACUGGGCAGUGUUUGCAAGGAAUACAAAUGCAGCAAAUCUACUACUUAAAGCAGGGGCCAGUGUGGAUGAAGCAAAUAAUGAAAAAGACUCUCCAAUUGACAUGGCAAAGCGAUUGAAUCAAACAUAUCUUGUAAAACGUUUUGAAGAAGUAAAAAAAGAAAGGGAUAGGAAAACCAGAUGUCUUUCAAUAUACAGAGAUAAGAAAUUAAGGUACAGCUGCAUGGUUGGAUCUCCUUUCAUAUUGUUUUAUGUUAUUGGAGCUGUAUUUGAAAGCCGUGAAUCAUAUCUAAUUAAAGUUGGCCUAUUACUGUUCCUUGGUGUUGCUGUUACUAUAGCAGGAAGAUUGUUGUUUGAUGAUAGAAUAUUAAAUGUACUACCAAUUUCUGUGUAUUUGUCUACAAAAUUCUGGAUGUACAUCACUUGGUUUAUGUGGUUCCAUCCCUAUGUUGGUGACAUAUGGAGGACAUUAGGCUUUAUGUUGUGUACAAUGUUCCUGUUUUAUUCUUUUAUAAAAGCUUGGAAAUCUGACCCAGGCAUUAUACAAAGUACUCCAGAGCAGAGGUAUAAGGUAUGUUUCUUUAAAAUAGGUUUAGGAAAUCAUAAAUAUUUUGUGAUGUAUCUUUUUUGGCUUCUGAUUAUGAUAAUGUGGUGUAUACAUGGCUGUUUAAGGUAUUGGCAUGGAAACCUAGGAAAUGAAGAGAUGCAUUUUUCACUCUUCAUUUAUAAAGCACUUCAUGUGAGUGGUUGGGUCAGCUGGAUUGCAGCAAAUGCCUGUUUGCAUGGCUUUUGGGUCGGUUGCCUUCUUCUAUGUCAGCUGUAUCAGGUUAUAUGGCUUGCAAUGACAACAAAUGAACGAAUGAACUGUUCACGGUAUCGCCAUUUCAAGCGAGAUAAAAAAGGCAUAAUAAGAAGUCCUUUUUAUCGUGGUGCCGUUCGAAACUUUUUAGACUUUUUCGAAUGGCGAUGCUGUGGACUUUACCAGAUGGAUACUAGGGACUGGAAACAAAUAUAUGACUCUGACGAUGAGGGUGAAAGUGCCAUUCUGAUACGACCUGAGCACCAUUAUAUAUAAGAAAAUAGUCAAUGUAUAUAUUAUAUUAACUUACGAGGAUUUAUUGUAUGGAAAUAUCCAUUAGUCAAGUCAAUAUGAUGGUAGGACUGUACAAGAGUGGAAAAGAGCUGCUCUUUCGCACCAUUCGUCUGGUACAAUGGCUCUUUCUAUCUUGUCGGUGCUUUUUCUGGAUUGUUUCGUCCUCAUUGUUUCUUCAAAACAUUGCAUAGGCCUUAUUUAUUAAAAAAAAGGACUUUUUGUAUUCAUAGAUUGUAUAUUUUGCUUGCUACUACUGAACUCUUCACUUGUAUAUUGUUUUCUCAUGUAUUUUGUAUAUUGUAUUUUCUGCAAAUUGUGAUAAACAUUGGAUGUGUGUAAAAUAUACUAGACAACUAGAGGUAAUACAAAUAAAUGUUUCAAGUUGUAUGGAUUUGAUACUCUUUCGAGAAAUAAGUGCUGACUUCUAGAAUGGCUUUUUUGGUUGAUGCUAUUACUUCAUAAAGUUGUCACAAAAUCAGCAAAAUGAUUCAAAUAGAACAGCCUUAUAAACGUACCAGCCUUUAUGCUGAGUGGUUAGCAAAUAAUUUUUUCGUUAUCUGACUUGGUAGCUUCCCUGGUUUUUUUUCUCUUUUUAUUGUUGUUGGAAGAUAAAGUAGUAAAUAGAGAAGAAAUUCCCAAAACUUUACUAACUUGAGAUUCACUAAGUUUAUUAGUUGUUUUUGAAGACGAAAAAAAAAAUGCUUACCUUCCUUUUUUUUUAUUUAGUUAUUUAAAAUUUUAUAUGAUUAAAAAUUACACUAAAUUUCUGUAAAGUUAGAUAAUGUUCUUUUAAAACUAACAAGCAGCUAUGUAUCAAAAUUUUACAAAACUUCUGCAGCAAAUAAAUAAAUGCGUUAUAGGUUUGCAGAAAGUAUGUGUGAGCUGUUACACCCAUUGCUAAAGGCCCUUAUAUAGCAAAACGGAAAAGUGCAAAAACUGGUACGAAAGACAUUUCAUUUUAGCAUUUUUUUCGAGAAAAAUAAAAUGUCUGUAACUAUCAAGAUUUCUUCUGUAAUUUUAGUCUAUAUAUGAAACUGCUUAUUUUUCAAGGAUAAUGUAGAUAUUGUUGAAUAAUUUUAAAAAGAAUUAGUUAACUCCUCUCGGAAACUAGUUAUAACCGAAAUGGUUCUACUACCAGCCAUUCCUCUUUUCCGUCUCGCUUUCACCCCUGGUUACACCUCUCUCCAAACUUCUACACAACAACGAACGAAAGAACUUUCAGCCACAGCAUACUGAAAGUGCACUGAGCUGUGUAUACAUUCCGAUUUUUUUUCCUUCCAUUGUCAAGAUCACAUUCAUAAUCCCCAGCUUGCUAAAAAUGGAGCACCAUCAUCGAAUUCCAUUACUUUGUUUAUAAAUUAUUUGUUUAGGUUGGCUUUGUUGACAGAAUAACUAAGUAGCAUCAACCAAAUAAGCGACUGUAUUUAAAGUUGAUAUUUUGUACACAUCUCUCGCUAAGUCAAGUCACAAAACUAUGGAUCAUCCUAUGCAAGAACUCAUUUGUUUCAUUGUGUGUAAUGAUUCAUUUAUUUCAUGAUUUUUCUCUGCUGUCUGUAAAGUGUUGCAGUGACAGUGCUCGCAACAGCAUCAAAGCACUUCAGUGCAGGUGGAAUAACACUGCCUGAAUUCAACUCAUUCGCAAGUUUAUUAUAACUCAGGAGGUUGUAAAAUAACAUAAUGUUUAUCGUCUUCUUCUCAUCUCAUCUGUGUAACUGUAUUUUUUUAUAUCUAUUCAGUGCACUUAAAUCAGUCAGUGUCCUUUAGAUUUAUAAUUGCUAGUACUAUCUUCGUUAAAUCGAGCAUAAAGGUGCGUGGACAAAAACAUAAAUAAAAAGAAAGGACCGAUAAUAUUGCAAAUAGAUUUAAGCCAAGCUUUGCAUAUGCUUCCCUAGUUACAUCUCUAAAAUGUGUUAGACAGAUAUUAUAAAUAUGAAAAAUAUUUUGUUCACAAUGUUUAAGUCAUAGACUGAUUGAAUGAUGUUGCUCUUUGCAAAUGCCGAAUGAAUUUUUCGAUGCACCAAGCUAAUUGAAAAAGCCUUCUGCCCGAUAUUCUCUAGGCUCAUUACCAUCAGCCUAUGUGUCUUUUAGACUAACUGUGUGAAGGAUUACUGUGUGAUUGAUUUUGUUUAGACUUAUUUAAAUUAGCCUUUUAUAAGGCUAUUUAAAAAUAAGCCUUCACUACUUAUUUCAAACUGGUGGAAAUAAAUCAAGAUAAUUGAACUGUGAAUUACAUAUUUUCUAAUUAAUCUAAAGGUAUGUAAGUUCACUGCAAGUGUUAAAAUGAUUAGAAAACGCUGGAGACUUGUAAUUAGCAUAACUCAUUGCAGUUUGUGCGCAGAAACCAAAUUAUCCAUUGUUCUUUUGUCUGAUACUCCUUUCGCUGAUAUUUUUUCUAAGGGUUAAGUUUUAUUUUGCUCGACUUAUCUAUCAAUUUAAUCAAAUUUAAUAUAAAUUCUAAUGUAUAUCAUAAUUUUAGUAUUCGUGGUUUUGUCCAGUAAUAGAGUAUAAUAUACCUUUUAAAAAACAUCAUUUUAUCAGUUUGUUUUAUUGAUGUUACAUAAUCAAGUGUUUAUUUAUUUUUACAUAAUUUUAAUGUAAAAAAUUGUUUUUCCUUUGCUAUAUUUUUGCAUAUUGUUGAAUUUCUUAAAUCCCUAUGGAUAUUAGUAAUGCAUUGUUAUGUACUGCAUUUUUAACAACUUAGUGGCUAAAAUUCUUUUCUUUUCCUCUUCAAUUUUUUUAAAAUUUUAGCUUAUUAUUGUACCCUUGUAGAUAUAAUGAUAUCUUCAUCAAAUAUGCAAUACAUUUUUGACUAAACUUAAUAUGUAUUUAACAUUAUGUCUAAAAUGUCACAGAAUUGUGUUAUUCUUACAAUAAUUUUUUCUGUGCUUUAAUCCUAACAUAUGAUAUGAUGUUCUUCAUGGAAUAUAUCAAUUUUUUUCUGAAUACUUUUUUUCAUUAAACAAUCAAUGUCUUUAAUUUCUCUUUUCUUUUUUUUUUAAAUUGGUUAUUUACAUUUAAUAAGUAAAUGCAUUAAAUUAUUAAAUUUACAAAAUUUUUGUCCUGUUUGUUAAAAACUUAACAAAAAAUUUGACUGAAGAAGUAAAGAGUUACUUAAUACUUUAGGAUAAAUUUGAUAUUUUAAAUUUGUUUUAUUAAUUAGGCUUUGUCUUUUGAAACCAACAUCAUUCAUUAUCUCCAAACCAGGCAGUUGGGUAAAUGUUUUCAAAUUAAACUGAGUUCCAAGAUUACUUUAAGAUUAUUUUUCUUGUCUAAAUUAUUUUUUAUAUGUAAAUUAAAAAGUACUUUAAUAAUAACUGGUUUUGAUGUAUAUAUGUUUCCUACUUAUUUUAGUUUGAAAAAGGACCAAUCACAACUGCUUUAUGAUAAAGUUUUGUUUCAGUCCUUCGAAAAUAAUUUUAAUAAAUGUUCUAAAACAUUUUUUUUAUAAUAAUGAAUUUUAUUGAAAUUGAAAAAUUAUAGAUGAAGAUUAGUUUUAAAUGUUUUUUGUAGUUAUAUUGCAGCUAAGUUUCUUAUCAGUGCUGUCAGAAUAUGUGAGUUAUAGGGAUUGUUUGCAAAUAAUUAAUGGAUUAAAAGCUCUCAAAUGUAUCUUACCAAAUAUUAUUUACAGGGUUCACAGCAGUAAUUUUUAUUACUGGUGUAAAAAUUUAGUGGUCCAACAGGGCCACCUAGAUAUUCAUUUAGUAAUCCAAAAAUUUAAUAUGGUUGGCAAACUUGAGAAAAAAAAUUGAAAUUUGCAAUUACAUAAUUUGUGUUUCAGUGCACAUCAGAAAAUAUUAAUUGCCAUCUAUAUAGCCAUAAUAACUCAUUAGGUUUAUUUCUCAUAUUGAUCAAAGGUUAGCAUUUUUUUAAAGCUAAGUGAAAAAAAACUAUAAUAUUAGUAAAUAAAUUCAACAUAGAGACUAAGAUGCUGAAACCAAAUUAAUUAAUAAAUGAGGAAAACUAAGAACUAACAAAAUAUAUUAAAAAUUAAUUAUAAAGAAUUUUUAAAAUUCAAAUGAAAAAUUAUAAAAUCAAUUCUGACGGAGCGAAACAUUAUUUUGUUAAUUAACAAAUAUAUUGUCAGUGUAUGAAUACAAAGCACAGCACAACAUGCAAAUUUGAAAUUUCAACAUUUAAUUUUAAAAAUUUUUGUAUCACACAUUUUUAGUUACUAUACUUGAAUACCAUGCAUUUGAGUUCUAUACCAUGCAUAAAACAAUAAAAUUAGUACAACAUUUUUUUUUCUAAUUGCAUUUAAAUUGAUGCCAAAAACAGUUUAUUGUUGCAAUUUUGUAUCCAAACAUGAUUAUAGCUACAUUUGAAGAGCAAUUAUUUAUAAAAUUAUAUCGCAUUAGUUUGUUAGAUGAAAAAAUGGAAUUCUUUCACUAAAUAUGUAUAAAUGUUUUCUUUAAUGUAUGUAUUACUUAUAUUGUAAUUCUUAGACUUAAAUUGCCUAAUUUUAAAGCAAACUUUCAAUUAUUUUUUUAAAUAAUAUAGCAGAAUUUUGAUAAGCAAAGUACUUGGGUCAUAAUCUUGAAAUUAAAGUUUUUUUAAAUCAUAUAUUUAAAUGUUUUUCAUUUUUAUGAUAAAUUCCUUUUAUGAACCAUAACUUAAAAUUCAUGACACAUUUAAAAAAAUUAAUUUAAUAAUCUGUUUGGGGGGUUCCUUCAUUUGUCCCACCAAUGUCAAAUUUUUUAGCCUAAUUGACAUGUUAAAAAUUAUUAGCUGUGUUUGAUGAUGAACAAUUAAUCUAUGGCAAAUAAACUUAGCUUAAAAAUUAUGAAAUGGAAAUCGAUAUAUGUAAAGAAAAGUUUUCAAAUAAAUAAUAAUUGCAUAAUGAAGAUUUAACUGUAUUUGCAUUAUAUGACUAUCCUAAAUUCCUUAGGCGUCAAUCAUACAUUUAAAAAUAAAUAUUGUAAUAUACCAACAUGUGAUUUUUUAGUAUUUUUACUUAAUUAAUUAUUUUUGAGCAAUGUUUUCAGUAUCUUUUUGUGUAAUUGUGCAUUACUAUAUCCAAAUAUGUUGAUAAAUUGUCAUCUCUGUUCCAUUUCAGUAUUUUUCGUUAUGAUUGGGUCGCAUAUCUGAUUAUAAUUAAUGUUUUUAUUGCCAACUGUUUGGCAGUGAAACUGAGCAUUUAACUUUAAAAACAUAUUGAUUUUUCAAAGUAAUCUGAUCUUAUCUAAUAAUUUAUUUUAUAACAUUUUCUCUCAUAGUUUUCUCUGUUGUAUGGGUAUUAUUUUGAGUUGAGUUUUAAAUCCUGCAUAAAUGCCACACUAGCAUAAAAUUAAAUCUAUUGUUCUAAAUAAAUAAAUCAGAGUUUUAAUAAAUUAGCAAGCAUAACAUUCUAAUUAAUUAAAUAAUUAAUCACAUAAUUUAAAAGUUUUAAAUAUUAUUAAAAAAAGCAAAUAAUGUUCGUAAUAGCUGAAUGUGGCAUGUUAUGAUUUACACAUGUUAUGAUUACACAAGUUUAAAACCCUUUAUAAAUAGUAAUUACUUAAAUAUUUUGUCAUUUUAAGAAAACUAUAGCAGAAUUGUUUCAUCAAAUAUUCUUAUUACUUAGACAAAAUGAUUAACUGUUUAAUGAUAUUAACUAUUGUUGAAUUUAAGUGUAAUUUCAGCAUAAUUUUUUUAUGAGUGUUCAAAUGAAAUGUUUCUUGUUUUUUUUUUUUUUCAAAUAUUCUUAAAUAUUUAAUUUUAUUUAUCAUUACUUUAUUCAUCAAGGUUAAGACUGGUUUAAUUUUUGUUGCUGCUGCAUUUUAUUUCAACUCGAUAUUACAAUUUAUAAUUAGUCAAUAAUGUUUUCUCUUGCACCAAUAAGACAAAAUUAAUUAGAUAACAAUUCACUUUCUUUAUUUGUUUCUUCCUUUCUUAAUUUCAUAAAAUUUUUACAAUCAGAUCAUUUGUUAUGCUAAAAUAGAUUAAACAGUGGAAAAAUAAUUUAUUUUAGCUGAAUAUUUUUACAGUUUUUAUCUUUUAUUUUACCACACUUAUUGUUUAAUGCAGUUUCAAGGUUUAGAUUUACUUCAAUUUUUAGGAAUUUUUUUAUUAUUUUUUUAAUGAUAGUGCUAAUGUGAGAAAAAAUCUUUGUUUUAGUUGCUAUAUUUUUAUUUGUUCUAGGACAAAGUUAAAUAAAAUUUAUUUUUUUCUCUGCAUGUUUUUAUUGAUGAAAAAAUAUUAAAUGUUAUAAAAAAUCUCAAACAGUGUCUUAUAUUCUUCCUUCGACUUACUAUGUAAAUCCUAUUGAACAUUGUCAAAAAAGUUCUGCUUUCUAACACAAUGUUAUUUAAUCCAAUUUACUCAAAGGAUUGAUGAAACAUCUGUUGUGUUUUAAAGUGACCCACUAAGAUUAGUAAUUUAGAUUGUUGGCAUCAUUUUUACAAAUACAAAAUUGUGGCACCUUAUCAAUUUUUUACCCAUUUUAUAUCUGAUCAUUGCAUAUUAUCUACAAUAAUAAAUAUUAUGCACCUAAACCUAUUAUAUGAAUAAAAUUUGUAUUAAUUAUACAGAUAUCAAUUCACUGACUGGUGAUUGAGAAACAAUUGUCCAACAGGUUAUUCAACAUAUACUUUUUCAAUAUCUUAUCAAAUGUUAUAAAUAUUAAUAGUUUUUUUUUUUGUAACAUACAUCUUUCAAAAUAAACAAAGUAAACUCCCAACAGCCUGUUGUUGGUCAAGGUGGAUGCGGAAGUUAUUCCAUAAUUUUGGGACUAACCCAAUGAUUACAGUAACUAUUGAUUUGAAGCUGACAAGUCACCCAACAAAGACAGACUCUUUCUGUGUUAGCUUAAUUGUUAGAAUCUUCAGUGAUAGCUGUAGUUCUUUACAGUGAUAGUUCAGUACCUUAACCUCUGUGGCUUAACAGAACAAAAUAAACUUGAAUCUCGUUUUAUUGAGUCAGAACUUAGCAGUUUUUUCAAUGUGUAUUACAUUAAUUCCGAUACUUUAAGUAUCUUAUAAAGUAUGUCCCAAAUAAAAUUCAAACCAAGAAAAGUAAAACAUGAGCAAAGGAAAGAAGGAGUGUUUAUUGAACAAAAACUACAAUAAAUUUUAAAUUCUCGUAAUCUGCCAAGCGACAAAUUAAGCACAUAUAACAAGAUUAUCAUAGUAUCAACAUUUAUGGGCAAAAAUUUUUUAUCUCUUGUUCAAUUUUCGUUUUUAGUUAGGCGUUAAAUGUCAAGCAAUCUGGGGAACUCACAGGCCAGAAAUCUCUUUAGGGAAAGAUAUGAUUGACUCAGAUGUAUGAACAGUCGCACUAUCAUGGUGAAAGCAUCUGAGCAUAUAAAUAUUGCACAGGCAAAUGCUCUUCCUCGGAAGGUAUACUCUCCUUUUUUUCGGAAGUUGUGUUUUGUUUGGGACUUAAUGUAUUUAACAUUAUGGACUAUGUUACUCUGAUCAUAAGUUAAAUCGAACAAUAUUGCCAAGUACUUUUUUUUAUGUAAAUUGUUCAUUUUGACUAUAAAUUAGUAAAAUCCUCUAUAAUUGUAUCUCUAAAGUAUUAAUGUCUAGACUGUUUGCUCAUUUAUUUAGACUUUAUUUUGUAUUUUUUGUUAUUGUUUGUUUUAUUUUUGCUAACUGUACAUUUGUAAACUAUGUAUGAAUUUUAAAAAUUGAAAAUAUACUUAUAUCAGAAUUCGUUAUUUUAUGUUGUUUUUUGUUAUUUUCCAUGCGCAACAUUAUGUAUGUUUUCAGCAUGUAAGAAAAGUUUAUUGUAAUAUUCUUCAUUCUUUCAUAAAAGCUGUUUUUUGAAGGCUUUUCCGUCAUGUUAAAUAAUACAUUUUUAGCAAAUAAUAUGCUAUUUUUAACUGAGCUGUAGCAUCAGUAGUUGAAAUGCCAAACUCCUAACUUUCCUGAGAGUUCGACUCUAACUUAUACUCUAUUUAAAUUUCCACCAAAUUCUAGAAAAAUAUUAGUAUUAUUAGUUAAACUAAACUCAGUUGCAUGACAGCCCAUGAAGAGCAAAGGUAUUCUGUGCUCAUCCCAUGAACUUGGGCUCUGAGGUGCAGAAGCAGAUGUUCCGUUUAGGUGGUCAGUCAAUUGCGGUACCUCCAACGUUUUUAACCCAAGCAUGCUUGGUACUCAUUUUUUCAACUCAAAGAAGAGCUGAGUCAAUUUUGCUCAGCCCAAGAAUAGAACCAGAGACCUGUGGCAUGUGAAUGGGAAGCGCUACCAUUCUGUCACGAGGUGUCUUAUAUUAUUUGUUAGUGAGUGUUAAUUUCAAAAUAUGUAUAUUCCAUUUUUUUUAAUAUGAGAUUAGUUUAAAACGAUUAUUUGAUUUUAUUUAGCAUCAAUUAAGACUUAAUGCAAAAUGUAUUUGCACAAAAUAUUGAAAUUGUGCAAUAAGAAAAUAUUUUAAUUCCUCGCACAUAUAUAAACAUCGUACGACAAGAAGAUUUUAUAGUGACUGUACAUGAACUAGAAAACUAUUGUAAAUGAUACUUAAAAUUCAUUUGCACAUCUAUUUCAUUGAAUUUUCGCCUUUACUAAACAAAUUUGUUCUUGUAACUUCUGAAUCAAAAAAUAGUUUAUUGAUAAAUAACUUAUUAGUGUCAAAUUCUUAAUAGUUAAUGAAACAUAACUCAAAAAUGCUUGUAUGGAAUGAAUUAAGUUUGUAACAAGUUACAAUUUGACAUUAUGUUCAUAUCUGUUCACCUAAUUACAAAUAUUUGUUCUUAAGAUCAAAUUUCUUUUAACAAAUGGGAUCCAAUUCAUUCCAUUAAUCUUUUCAUACUCGUCUGAUUCAAGAAAAUUUGCCGCCUCAAUUUUUACAAUUGUGAGUUUGUAACAGUUAUUUAUAAAUAUUGUUUUGUGAAGCUUAGUCUUUUAACAUCCUCUAUGCUGAAUAUGAAAUAAUCUCGAAAUAUAUUGAGGAAAAGAGUACCGUUUUUUUUAUGAAAAGCAUUUAAGAUCUAAUUUUUUAGUAUUAAAUUACAAUUUUAUAUUCAUCACAUUAGGAUAAUCAAUUGCUGUGAUGUUUAGGUUUAUCAAAAUAUGCAAAAUAAGACUUCCCCCCCCCCCGGUUGUAAAAAAAAUAUUCCUUUUUAUCUUUGUUUUUUUUUUUUUUUAAAGAGCUGUAAUAUAAUAUGUAUAUAGAAAGCAGUCAUUUAUUGUAAAUAUUCUUAAUGUGCCUGAUAUGUUUAUUCUUAAAAUAUGAAUUUUUUUUAAUGGUUUACCAGUCUUGGCGUUUUCAUUACAUAGCAAUUUAUUUAGGUAUAAUUGUGUAUAAGAUACAUAAUUUAAACACAAUUUUAAAAAAUGCUUUGAGAUAUUUAUGCUUAAAUUUUCAUGUAAAGUAUCAUCUCGAUUAGUAUAGAAUAAGCCUAGUCUAGAUAUUCUAGUCCAGGUCUAGGUGUGGACCUGGUCUUGAGUAUUCAAGUAACAGGAUGGUAAUCAAAAAGUUUAAUUCAAUUAUCCAGGACCAGCCAGAAAAAAUGCAAAUGCAGAAAAAUAAGAUGAUUCACAAAAUAUUUUAUUCAUUUAUCUUUAAUAGUUAGAACUAGAUUCAUCUCAGAUAAUCCAAAACACUGAAAUUAUCCAAAUUAGUUUAAGACCUGUCAGAAAAAUAUGAUGGUCCAGCAAAAAAUCAAUCCAAUUUUCUUUUCUUUAAAAACUUCACUCUUAUUUUAUUCAGAUUAGGUAAGACUAACCAGAAAAAUCCGAUCUCUAAAAAAUAGAUGACUCUCCAAAAACAAAUCACUCCAAUUAUUUAGGUUAAUUAGAACUAACCAGAAAAAAAAAUAAAAUGAUUCACCAAAAAAUCACUCCAAUUUUACAUAUUAGAAUCAUUACCAGAAAUUGAAUUUUUUAAAACAAGCCUUGAAGAAAAUUCUAUACUAUGUCACAUCAUGCAUAAUUUGCAAAAAGCUAUUAUAAUAAUCGAAUUUUGAUGUUCUCUCAAAAUAAUUAGAAAUGAAAACUAUCUUGUAUUGUACAUUAUGUAUUGUUAAAAGGAGGUGUAAUUAACAUUACUUAACAAUUAGAUUCAUUUUAUUAUUACUUAUUUUACUUACGUAGUUUCAUUUCAAAUGCAUUGGUUGAGGUAGUAAUGAUGAGACUUAUAAUUUUAUACAUUUCAAAUUAAUACUUAGGAUGCAUGCUUUUAGUGUUUAUAAAUUAAUAUUUCAUUCAAUUCUGAAAUGCCUUUCUCAAUUUGUUGCAAAAUCAUUGAUUCAUUUGUAAUAAAUACAGUUAUUUUUGAUAAAAUUAUUAGUAAUGAAUCAUUUUUCAUUUUUGUGUAUAAUUGUGAACAAUCAGAAUCAUUGUUUGUGCACUCCAUGACUUAAAAAUAAAAGCUGUUGUCAUAAUUAA